AUGGCUGAUUCUUUGAGAGGAAAUCAGCAACAAAACACAUCUAUAGAUGGUACAACCAGAGCUAUGGAAAGAGUUCAUUUGAGUGCCGAAUAUGGGCAACCAAAUACAGGUUUAGAGGUCGCAACCCAAGGCAUGGAGGUAGUGGUUAAUGUCAUUGAGCCAUUCCUCCCACUAUUUGCGAAUGUUUCAAAAAUUGCGACAGACCUAACAAAAAUAUACGACAAUGCAAAGUGCAAUCGUAAAAUAUGUGCGGCUUUAGUUGAUCGUGUGGAUAUUGUUGAACGAGCGGUUAAAUAUUUACAACGUCAUAAACAGAAGAAUGAAAAAAAUUUUAGUAGUCAACCAUAUUACGAUUCAUGGGUUAGGGUUUGUCACGUACUAGAUAGUAUUAAAGAUUUUGCAAAAAAUGUGACACAGCAAUCAGGUUGGCGAAAAUAUGCGAAUGCAAACGUUGUUAGAGAAAAGUUUGAUAACAUUGUCAGCGAAUUUGAAUCUGUAUGUGGUGACCUACAACUUACGAUGGCAAUUUAUUCAGAGGAACAAAGAGAACAAGAAUAUGGUGAUAUCAAAGAGGAUUUGGACAUGAUAGGCAAGUUAAUGGACGAACUCAGAGGCGAUGUGAAUUAUAUUAACGAUACUCUAUCCACAUUAUCACACAACGUGGAGCAACUUAAAAUGCAAAUAUCGAAAUCCGGAGGUAAUUCUCAUGUAUCAACCCCGCUAAAUGAGGUGUUUAAGGUACAAAGCAUCAAUUAUUCGGAUCUUAAACAGCCAGAAUCUGGGAAAGAUAAUAGAAGAGGAGAGAAUGGAAAGAUUAUUAGAAAAAUAUUUCAUGGUGUUGAGGUUGCUUGUAAAAGAAUACCAUCUGUUGUUGAUGAUGAUACCACCGAAGCUCAAAAAAUUCAAACUGAAUUGGCUAUACUUGGUUUAUUAGGAAGAUGCGAUCACAUCAUUACUUUUUAUGGCCUUUCUGAAGUAGAAAAGGAGAGCGUCAUGGUUUUUGCUUGGGCAACUUACGGAAGUCUGAAAUCUUUUUAUGAAAAAUAUUCUCUUGAUUGGCAUCUAAAAUUAAAAAUCACUCGUGAUAUCUUUAAUGGUCUUUUCUUUAUACAUAGUAAUAAUAUUCUACAUCAUGAUGUUCGUUGCGAGAAUAUUUUGAUUACAGAAAACAAGAUAGCUAAAAUCUCGAAUUUCGAAAUGUCUCGUAGUGUACAAGGUGAAUCUGCACCUAUUAGAAAUUUAAGUGACUAUAUUCGCUGGAUGUCUCCGGAAAAAAUGAAAGGAAAACGUUAUUCUUAUUAUAGCGAAAUGUUUAGUUUCGGAAUGCUUCUUUGGGAACUUUGCCAUGAAAAAAUUCCAUAUGCAAAUAUGUCCGUUCCAGAUAUACAAGACCAUGUUAAAAACAAAGGAAGAGAAUUUAUACACCUUAGUGAAAGUCAAAUACACAAAGAACUUACAAAACUCAUUAGACAAGCAUGGCAAGAUGAUCCGGAUGAACGUCCAUCUUAUGUGGAAGUCCAUACGAAACUUAAAGAUCUAUACGAAAAUUAUACAACUAACGAUAUAUCACCAAAGGUUCUCAGUAAAAUAAUGUCAGAUAAUGUUUCUUACUUUGAUCUAAAUUGUGAGGAUUUAAGGAUUCCCGAUAGUUGUGGCAAGAAAAUUGAUUUCCCGCAAUUAUAUGUAUUGAAACCGUUUGAAGAUGGACUUAAAUCUCAUAAAGAAAGGAAGUAUGAGGAUGCAUGGGAAUGUUUUGAUGGACACGCAAACUUGGGCUAUAAUCUUGCAAAGUAUUGGAAAGGGUAUUAUUUAAUGUCAGGAUACCAUGUGAAAAAAGAUGUCAUUGAAGCAUUAAAAUUUUUUAAGGAGGCUGCAGAUGGAGGUGUUACCGAUGCACAGCUUCGUUAUGCAUUCUUGUUGAUGGAUCAGAAAAAUUAUGACGUGAAGGUUGUAUUGGAUUAUAUGACAAGAGCAGCUAAUGCGGGAAAUGCGACUGCUUUAUAUAAUUUGGGUGAUGUUUAUCUAAAUGGAAAAUUAGGAGAACAAAUAGAUACAAAGAGAGGAAUUGAGUUGAUUAAAUUAGCUGCUUUGAAAGGUCAACCGAGUGCAAAUGAGGACUUGAAUAAAAUUGGUAAUAGUAUGUCUGGGUCUAAUUGA